AUGGCCGCUCCGUUCUUUUCUACGCCUUUUCAACCUUUUGUUUAUCAGAGCCCACAAGAUGCUGUUACACCUUUUCAGAUUUUGGGUGGUGAAGCUCAGAUAGUUCAGAUAAUGUUGAAGCCUCAAGAGAAGGUGAUUGCAAAGCCUGGUACCAUGUGCUACAUGUCUGGGUCUGUCCAAAUGGACAAUGUUUAUGCACCUGAAAAUGAAGCAGGUGUAUUGCAGUGGCUUUUCGGGAAAAGUGUGACUAGCAUAGUUCUCCAAAAUAAAGGUUCAGCUGAUGGAUUUGUUGGGAUUGCUGCUCCUUCUCUAGCAAGAAUUAUCCCGAUUGACUUGGCAAUAUUUGGUGUUGAUCAGAGGGCACGUAAUGCUAUUGCAAGUGCUGAGGGAUUUUUGAGGCAGAAGAUAUCCGGUCAAGGACUUGCAUUUGUAGUUGGGGGUGGUUCUGUUGUUCAGAAAAAUCUUGGUGUGGGUGAAGUACUCUCUGUUGAUGUGUCAAGCAUUGUUGCCUUGCCAGCAUCAGUCAAUGUACAGAUCAAAUAUAAUGGUCCCAUGAGAAGAGUGGUGUUUGGGGGUGAAAAUUUGGUGACUGCUGUUCUAACUGGACCUGGUAUUGUCUUUAUUCAAAGUAUGCCCUUCCAUCGGCUUUCUCAACGCAUUGCUAGGUCUGUUACAUCUCCUAACGUGAGGGAAAAUCCUAAGUUUUUCCUUCAGAUAGCAAUAUUCUUCUUCAUAGCUUAUGUGGUCAUUGUGUCAUCGCUAAUCUUGACCGAUAUAUAA